AUGGCGUUCUCUUCACUUUCAAUUCUCAAGACCUUCGUUACCUCCGGAUCAGCGUUCAAGAUCGUUUAUACAACAAGCAAUGGCCCUAUCAUAAGUAAUAUUACAAAGAGGGUGCUUGUUCUCGACUCUUCGUUCAAUCCUCCACACUUUGGGCAUGCAACAUUGGUGAAAAAAUCCAUUCUCUACCAUUUUCCGGACCAAUCCGAUGUUUCCGUCUCCACGAUUAAUACGAAAUCGGUGCUUCUCCUUUUAUCACUGAAGAAUGCAGAUAAAAAGACCGCAGAUCUAGGAAAUUACUCACUAAGGUUGGAUAUGAUCCAAUUGUUGGCUUCUCAUAUUUCUGAGGAUUAUGGUAUUGCCUGCUCAAUUGGGUUGACAACCAAGUCUCUCUUCACUGAGAAAAUAAGUGCUAUAAAUCAGGAAAUAAACAAACCGCAGGUGAAGUUUACUUUUCUUUUAGGGUUUGACACUCUUGUAAGACUGUUUGAUCCAAAAUAUUAUCCUAAUCAAUCGAUAUCAUCCGCAUUGAAACCGCUGUUUGCCAACUCUAGCUUCUUCAUUUUAAGCAGAAAUGAUGAGAAAUAUCCACAGGAGGAGCAGGAAAAAUAUAUUGAAAAGAUUGAACGUGGUGAGUUUAAGAAUGACAUUCCUUCAGAAUGGACUAGACAUUUGUUUUUGGUGAGGGGAGACGGCACAAGUCUAAAUAUCAGCUCAUCUGAAAUCAGAGCCAUGAUUAACGGCGGUCAAGAAAAAUGGAAAAAGUACACAUAUGCAGAUAUAAUUGGCUACAUUACAGAUCAUAAUAUGUACGUCUGA